AGGGCGCGCGCCGCCUCCUGCCCAGCCCGGGGCCGGGGGUGCGCGCGCGUCCCAGCCGGCUCGGGACACACCACCUGCGCCCGAGCGCGCGCAGCUCGGAGCAUCCCCAGCCUUCGGGCCACCCCCAUUGCCCCCGCCGACCCAGCUCCACCUCCUCCCCCCCGCCCCCCCCCGAGCCUCCUCCCUCCGCUUCGGUGACUGCUUGCCGGGCGGCAGGGCCCGAGUCGUCGCAGCCACCUCAUUGCUCAACCCGGCUUCCCAACUGUUUACACAGCCCGGCCUGUGAGUGUGUGUGUGUAUACAGCGUGAGUCACCGAGAGGCGGAGGAGGUGGAGGAAAAGGAGAAGGAGGAGUGCACUGGCCGGGAUCCGUGCGGCGCACACACUCACUCACUCACUCACUCACACUCAGUCACUCUCUCCGAGCGCGUCUCGCUCGCUCACACACACGCCGGGAGCCCAGGAGCGCGCAGGAUCUCGAGCGCCGCGGAAAAGUUGCUCCGGCUUUCUCUCCGGGACUUGGGCUUUGGGAAGUGCAUUUGCUCCGCCGCUCCACCGAGCCUGCGGAAUCCUGCCCUCGCGGCUCGGGACGUUGGGAACACCAGCCGCCGCCUCCUCCGCCUCCGGGACUGUCGGCGGUCUCGACAACAAUAGCGGCAGCCGCCCGGGGCCAGGCGCCCCAAGCCGGUGCCCGCGGGGCUCCCGGGACCCGAGCCGGCCUCUGCUCCCCGGACGCGCGGCCGGCGUGCUUCCAGCGGGCAACGCGAGCGCCCGGGAGCGGCUCCUGCCUUGACCCCCGUGGGGGCCGAGCCGAGCUCCGUCUGCAAAGUCCAUCCCGCCGGCUGGAGUAGGACGCGGCGCCGGCUCCGAGCCCUCAGCGCCUUUCCGCGCGGAUCCCGGGACAUACAAAGCCGGGGCCGGCCCGGCCCGGGACGGGAUGCGGGUCGGUCCGGUGCGCUCUGCCAUGAGCGGCGCCUCGCAGCCCCGCGGCCCGGCCUUGCUGCUCCCGGCCGCCCGGGGCGCCCCGGUCAAACGCCUUCUGGACGCGGACGACGCGGCGGCCGUGGCGGCCAAGUGCCCGCGCCUCUCCGAGUGCUCGAGCCCGCCGGACUACCUCAGCCCCCCCGGCUCGCCCUGCAGUCCGCAGCCGCCGCCCGCCGCGCCGGGGGCUGGCGGCGGCUCCGGGAGCGCGCCGGGGCCCAGCCGCAUCGCCGACUACCUGCUGCUGCCCCUGGCGGAGCGCGAGCAUGUGUCCCGGGCGCUGUGCAUCCACACGGGCCGCGAGCUGCGCUGCAAGGUGUUUCCCAUUAAACACUACCAGGACAAAAUCAGGCCUUACAUCCAGCUGCCAUCACACAGAAACAUCACUGGCAUCGUGGAAGUGAUCCUUGGGGAAACCAAGGCCUACGUCUUCUUUGAGAAGGACUUUGGGGACAUGCACUCCUAUGUGCGAAGCCGGAAGAGGCUGCGGGAAGAGGAGGCUGCACGGCUCUUCAAGCAGAUUGUGUCCGCGGUGGCCCACUGCCACCAGUCGGCCAUCGUGCUCGGGGACCUGAAACUUAGGAAAUUUGUCUUCUCCACGGAGGAGAGAAGCCAGCUCAGACUGGAAAGUCUAGAAGAUACACACAUAAUCAAGGGAGAAGACGACGCUCUGUCAGACAAACAUGGCUGCCCAGCCUAUGUGAGCCCCGAGAUUCUGAACACCACGGGGACCUACUCUGGAAAGGCAGCAGACGUUUGGAGCCUGGGGGUGAUGCUCUAUACCCUUUUGGUGGGACGAUACCCCUUCCAUGACUCAGACCCCAGUGCCCUCUUCUCCAAAAUCCGCCGUGGACAGUUCUGCAUUCCUGAGCACAUUUCCCCCAAAGCCAGAUGCCUCAUUCGCAGCCUCCUGAGACGGGAGCCUUCCGAGAGACUCACUGCUCCUGAGAUCUUACUCCAUCCCUGGUUCGAGUCUGUCUUGGAACCUGGAUACAUCGACUCAGAAAUAGGAACUUCAGACCAGAUUGUUCCAGAGUACCAGGAAGACAGUGACAUUAGUUCCUUCUUCUGCUAAUCCCAAAACCUCAGAAACCUCAAUUCUCACACAUAGCAUUUCCAUUUCUAAAGAUGGACAGGCCUUUUGGCGUGGUGCCAGCCAGACAUGCGAUGGCGUAAAGACGGUAGCUGCUGAACUCAACGUGGCCCCCCCCCCCCCACUUAUUUGUUAUGAUGAGUGACUGUAUUGAUCAGAGCGGCACACGCUCUGAUCGGCUGCCCCGCAAAGUUGUUUCCCUUCUCAAUGAACCGUCAGCAACUGUCCCGCUGUCAGAUGCAGGGGUCGGGGCUGGUGGGUUCUGCGUCUUCAUAGGUGGCAGAGAGUAUGGAUAUCCUACAGGGCGUGUGGUCAAGUGAAAGGAACUCCAGCAUUUUAAAGGGAGAGGAAGUGAGUCGCACAGUGGCAUUUUGGGCAAUAACCGUAUUUUAGCAGGGUGACAAAUCAUUUGGGCCAAUGAACCUGCCAUCUUUGAACUUGUCUUUGGGAGCUAGACGUUUGCUACCCCAGCUUCUCUAUUGGAAAGUUCAUUUUUGGGGGGGGGUUGGUUUAACACACACCCUUUCUUCACACUCACAGUUACCAAUGACCCUGCUCCAUUUUUGGAGCAGACUGUUUUUGGAGCAGAGGAGCCUGCCUGAACUACGAACCCAGACUCUCCUCCAUUUCCUGCCAAGACCUCAUUUGCACUAAUGCCUUCUAUCUGACCUUGAAACGUCCCCUUCUUUGCUAUCAGCACUUACCAGCUAACCGUGGAGAAGUAUCACAAGAGAUUCGAACUCCUGGCUAUUUCGGAACUCUAAGCUCAGAGAGACUGCAGAUUUUUAACGUUAAUUUGAGCACUUGGAAACCGUUAGCUUCGUUGGUUCCCCUGAAACGGGUCAGCCUUUAUCCUUUUUUCCCCAAGACCAUCUCAGGGUGGAGCAUUUUGUCUAGGAGAAGAAAGAUAGGGAGACUCCUCGCCUCUCCCAAGAGCAAAUGGUAAACCUCUCUGUGCUUCAGCGAAAGUGGAGUUUGGAUAGUCUUAGAUGACUCUCAGACCCACGCAUCCCCUUCAUGGAUAUGGUCUGCCCCUGGUGUUGUGUGUCACGUCUGCAGUUUUGCAUGAUGGGUUGUUAAUAUUUUAAAUUUGAUGUGGUUUAUGAAUACAUCUCUAUGAUCAGCAUCUGGAGUGAAAUAGCCCCAAAUCUUUCAAGUUGGAAGAGACUUUCAAAGUAUCCAGUCCAACUUUUUUCCUCUCUCUGCCAUCUCCCAAAGCAGAACCCCGCCCCCCACAACUUAACCUUCCUUCAGGUGGGAAUCCAGCAUCUGUUUGAAUGCCUCCAGAGAUGGGAACUCACUACCUACGAAAGACAUUGCUUAACAGAGAAACUGCAACUCGCAUUAAAAAUGAAAAAAAAAAAAAACAAAAAAAAAAACAAGAACCCAAGAAAUAUCAGUAAAUGUCUCAGUACUGAAAUCAGGUGGUUAAACGGGUAAACCGAACAUACUGUAUUUUGAGAAAUGGCACAGAGACAGGCAGGCCAUCUUCAAGGGCUCCGCCUAGGCAGACAACUAACCUGCAUUGUGAGAAUGUUGUCAAUACCUCACGUACUGUGUACUUUGUAUAUAUAUUCUACCUUUUAUACCUGUUGUCCGAUAUGUGUUGUUGUUUUGGCUCUGAGGCUUGGUUUGUUGUCUGUGUCUGUCUGAAUAACCUGCGUGUCUAAAACCACGUGAAAUGUGAAUGAUUAUUGGCAAUAUUACCUUGACAGAAUCAUGGGACUCGGAGAAGAGGGAGGGCAGAGGCCUCUUGUCGCACUAACGCGCUCGUGGUUGCUCGACUGUUGUAUCUGUGAUACGUUACCCGGCUGAGGACUCCGGGCUGGCUGGGGCUUCUGCCGGGAAAGCUCGAAACACUAGAUCCUUCCUGUACAUGUGUAUAUAUGUGAACAGUGAGACGACCGUUUCUGACUUGUAGAGAAAUUUUAAUAAAUCGGGUUUCGUAAA